AUGUCUGUACGCCGCGGCCAAUUGUCCUCUUCCUCGUCGUCCUCUUUAACGCGUCGCCGAUCAACAAAUAAGAAAUCUGUGAGUGAUAUCAUUAAUGAACAGUUUGCAAAUGAGGAUGGACGAUUUGGUGAAACUGAUGCUUGGGACGAUGUAGGCGGUGAUGGACCGCACAUCGAUGAUUACCGCGACGACGGUAGUGGUGGUGAUGAUGAUGAGGGUAAUAAUAGUUAUCUUCAUCAGUAUGAAACAUUACCAGCGGCAAAGCGGAAGAAGACAGAAGGAAUUCAACAAAAACGACAAGCAGAAGAAAAGAAAAAUAAAAAAUUACGUCGUCGUGGUCCAUUGGAUUCCUCACUCUCUACAGGCGAGUAUGCAGCAACACCAGUAGAUGUGGAAGCUGCAAUGGAUGGAAUAUUUGGUGCACUGGAGAUGAAUGAUGAUGAAGAUUAUGAUGAGGAUUUUGAUUAUAAUGAUUAUGAUGAUGAGGAUGAUGCAGACUUCUCAGAUAUGCAGAAGGAUAGUAAAGGCAGUCGUAAGAAAGGUGGGCAAGAUUAUGAUUAUGAUUAUGAUGAUGAAGAUUAUGAAGAAGAAGAUGCGGCCGAUGAUAAAGCAGAAACUUCUCAUGGGAAAAAACGCAAACGCACGAGUGGUGGUAAACCAGAAACCGAAGAAGAAUACAUUGCAUGGCUGGAGGCUCGACAAGCCAAGAAACAAGCCCUUCGACGCUCUCUUGGUGGAGAUGCUGAGGGGGAUAUUCUUGAGCAGCUGGAGUCCUUGCGGAAUGUUCAAAUGGAAUUGCUGGCGAAAGAGGCCGUGGAGGGUAGUGAAGAUGAUCCACGCGCUAAAGAACGUCAACGGGCACAAGCCGCCGUUCGUCAUUAUGUGAUGGUGUACUCUCAACUCUUACGUGUACGUUUGAAAUUGCAGCCGAUCGUGGCUCGUGCGGUGGCUUUUCCACAAUAUUAUGCCCUUCCAGACUUUUUGGAGAGUGAUGAGGGCGAAAUUCAUACAGGAGUGAAUGAGGUUGUAGAUUCACUGGAAUCGUUACUCACUACUUUCUAUGCCCUCGCUAAAGAUGGUAAGGAAUCUAAAGAAAAACAGAAAUCAAAGGAUGAAAAACAUACAAAUGCUCCUAAUUUUAAAGAGAUAAAUGCCUCUCACAGACGUAUGAUGAAAGAUGUGGAUGAGUGUAUUGAAUACUGGGGAGCUAAACUUGUACAACCCAACAGUGUGAAGUUACGUACUAUUUCUCAACCAUUAUUACAACAAAUUCGUGCUAUUCUUGAAGGUAAAGCGCGACUUCGUGCGAAAGUGCAAAAGAAUCGAUCGCAUGUUGCCAUUCUGGCUCACCCUGAGCACUACCAAGCCACCGUCUCAGCUGAAGGAAAAUCAGCACGCGCUCUUCAUAUCGCAGAAGGCGAUAAUGAUGAUGAAAUUUACGAUGAUGCAGAGUUCCUGCGAGAAGUGGUAAAACGUGGUGGAAUGGCACGAUUACAACAGGAACAACAACAACAAUUCCUGGAGGAACAGGAGUCUUUGCGUGCGAGUGCGGUUCCAUCUAAGCGUGGGUUUCAUCGAUUAACGAAAGGUAAGUCGGUGAAUUAUGAACCCCGACCAAAGUUAGUGGGCUUCCUAAUGCCUGUACCAUAUACAUACAGCGAACAACAUGAGGUGAUGGUGAAAUCACUCUUUCAAUAG